AUGUCGCCUUCAGGACUCGGCGUAGUAUCACAACUGAACAUUUCAAGGACAAGAGUUGAAGAUGGUGGAUUGUAUUCGUGUAUAGCUAUCGAAGGAGAUUCAAGUGUGAUGCAUGUAGCUAGAGUUGAUAUUUAUGGUCCACCUUACAUCAGAUCUCUUCCACCAAUCAAAGUUCAGAGUGGAGAAGCACUAAAACUUAGGUGUCCUUAUUAUGGUUAUCCUAUAAGUAAGUUGGAAUGGGAACAUAAAGGAAAGAAGAUUAUGACCACAUCGUUAUCUCAACAUGGAAGAUACAAACGAACGUAUGGGAAUGCAAAAAGGAAACGAAGGAAACGACAAAUAUUCGAACCGAGUGAAGACGGAAUAUUAAAUAUAGCAAGAAUUGUAAAAGAAGAAAAUGGCGAUAUGUACACAUGUAUCGUUUACAGUCCAUCGGGUGAAAUGGCGAGGAGGUCUUUUGAGAUUCAAGUAGUUGAAGCUCCAGAAUUAGAUGAACUACGAGUAGGCUCCGGCUUAAAAGAAGGUCAAAUAGUGCAGAUCACUUGUAACAUAAUAAGUGGAGAUCCACCUAUUUACUUCUCUUGGCUUAAGGAUGGAAAGAAGAUACCUGCUAUGGCACCAAAAUGGAUGGAAGAACCAUCGAAUACAUCUCUAUUACUUGGUCAACGUGGUAUAGUCUAUUGUGACGCAAAUGGAUAUCCUACUCCACAAGUACAUUGGAUGAAAAGAGAUGCAACAUUAGGCAUAUGGCGCCCAGUUCUCGAUCUUGCUGGUGGUGGCGUGAUGAGCUAUCCAAACGGAACACUUAUAAUUGAAGUAGUUUCCUUGUCUGAUGAAGGGAUGUAUGCUUGUAAUGUGGAAAAUGGUGUCGGAGAUCCACUUAAUAAAAAUAUAUGGAUAAGCGUUAAUAAGCCAGUGCACUUCGAAUCUGUUGGUUCAAAUGUCACCACAAAAACCGGACUCCCCGCUACUUUAAUUUGCAAGCCUCUAGGAGAUAGUCCGAUCCGUGUAAAAUGGACACUGAAUGGAAAGCCGCUGGAUUUUACAUCAUCGAGACAAGAGGGCGAUUUAAGGCAGAACAUUGAACUGAGAGACUUACAACCAGCAGUGGAUUACAGGGUUAGAGUGGCUGCCGGAAACCAAGUAGAUUUAAGCCCAUAUACCCAACCAGUUCAUUUUACAACACAACAAGAAGCACCAUCGUCGACUCCUCUCGGAGUACAAGUUCAACAAACGGAAAACCCUGGGGAGCUUCUUGUCUCCUGGAUACCCCCACCACGAGAAACUCACAAUGGUCUCCUACAAGGUUACCACGUCAAAGCUGUGCCAAGAAUAAGUGGAGAAUCUGGGCCCAAUGACACUCAGACUAAGGUGUUAAAAGUGAUAUCUAGAAAAGGAAAACAAGAAACAAUACUCAGUGGAUUAUUCAAAAAUACAAGGUACGCAAUUACCGUUAGUGCAUUCAACUCUGCGGGUAAUGGGCCAUUUUCAUUGCCAGUAUACCAAACUACCCGCGAAGGAGCUCCAGAACAUCCUCCAUCUGGUGUGGAAUGCAGAGGCGUCUCAUCAUCAUCUUUAAGGAUAUCAUGGCAACCGAUCACCGUGCCUGGUUCAUCUCUGCUAGGAUAUUCGAUUUUUUAUGGCACAGAAGAUGGACCUAUGCAGAACAUUACCUCUCCUCACACUGAGCUCUAUAUUCAAGCACUAAUGAAAUAUACCAACUACACUAUCAAAGUUGCCGGUUUCUCCAAUUAUGGGAUAGGGCCAUUCUCAUAUCCGAUUCUUUGUACUACUUUACAAGAUGUACCUGGACCACCGUCGGCGAUUAAAGUGGUAGUGGCGUCUUCUACAUCAAUCCUGGUUAGCUGGAGAAGACCUGACCAGCCGAAUGGGGAGAUUUUAUACUACACCGUUUAUGUGAAACCUGUUUCGAGCACCGGAGCUCCACAAAGCUAUCGAGCAGAAACAAACCAAGAACAAUCAAGACAAUUAACCUUUCCUGUGACAGGGUUAUCCACUGGCAAACAAUACGAGGUGUUUGUUAGGGCUCAUACGUCAGCUGGAGAAGGGGCGCCUAGUAAUAGGAUACACACAGAAUUAUCUUCUAAAGUGGUAGCAGGAGUAGCUUCGUUAGGUGGUCCGGUGUCAGUGGGAGUUGGUAAUUCGUUACUACUGGUGUGCCAGUGUGUAGGAACGCCUCCUCCGCGAACUGUCUGGUAUCAUAAUCACAACAUCAUCACACACCAUCCCAGAUUCACGAGGAACCACGACGAUAGUCUAUUAAUUAAUAACAUAGAUCAAUCACUCAGCGGCAACUACACGUGCCUUGCGAAGAAUUUGUAUGGAUCUGACUCAGUGUCAUAUGACGUGAUAGUUUUGCCGACCCCGGAACCACCAAGCUUGAGGGUCAUAGCCCAUAAAAAUGCAUUGCACUUACAUUGGGAUUCACCAAGAAAGAUCAGUGGGAAGCCACAGAAAAUUAGUUAUAAUCUAACUUGGAAAGAAGCUAACGGAUCUUGGCAAGACGUUUGGACCAACAAGCUGACCUCCCUACAAGGCACCCACGAGUAUAUUCUGCAAAACCUGAAGUGUGGCACCAAAUAUUCUAUCAGGAUGACAGCUUCAAACAGCGUUGGAGCAUCGCAACCCACUUAUGUCGAUGCUACCACUCUUGGAGGAGUUCCCAUAUCGCCCACUAGUACAGAAUGGUUCUGGAGUAAUGCUAGUCAUGUAUUUAUCCAACUGAGCGGUUGGGACGAUAACGGCUGCGAGAUCACGAAGUUCGAAGUGGAUUACAGGGAAUACGGCUCCAAAGUGUGGAAGAGAGCUGAAAAUAAAAUUGUAAGUUAG